AUGCAGAAGACAGGAGACACGAGGUCGAUCCUUGGGUCAGGAAGAUCCCCUGGAAAAGGAAAUGCCAACGCAUUCCAGUGUUCUUGUCCUGGGAAAUUCCUUGGACAGAGAAGCCUGGUGGGCUACAGUCAAUGGGGGCACAAAGAGUCAGACACGAUUGAGCGACUAAGUAUGGCAUUACUAUUUAUACAAAAAGCAGCUUCCUUUGAUAUUCAUUACCUGUCACAAUCUGGUUCUACUUACAGUUUUUACUUCAUUUUCCAUUGUUCCCCUGACUCUGCUCACCCCAUGCAGUACCCACACUCAGCCUCAGCAUUUCCCAAACAUGCCCACCAUUUUCAUAAUCCCAUGGUUUUGUUCAUGCAAAGGUCUUGUUCCGUCCCCUAA